AUGCCUCAUAAUUGGAGUGCAAAUGAAGCAGCUGGAGAAGACUGGUUCAGUGCUUACCUCAAAAGGCACAAAAAAGUGUCAGUAAGAAAACCUGAGGCAACAAGUCAAGCAUGUAUUUCCAGUUUUAAUCCAACAAAUGUUCAAAAGUUUUACAACAAUUUACAAACUAUUCUUAAUCGUUUUAAGUUGAAGAGAGGAGAUAUUUGGAAUAUGGAUGAAACUGGUAUUACCACAGUUCAAACUCUAGAUCAUAUUGUAGCAAAAAAGGGUUUUAAACAAAUUGGGCGUGUUACUUCGGCUGAGAGAGGCAAUUUAGUAACUGUGGCAGUUGCUGUUUUUGCCAGUGGAAAUUCAAUUCAUCUAUUUUUCAUAUUUCCUUGUGUGAAAUUUAAAAGCUAUUUUUUAAAUGGUGCUCCUGAUGGAAGUGCAGGCGCUGCAAACCCAUCUGGUUGGAUGACUGAAGUUCAAUUUUUGCAGUUUUCCCAUCAUUUUGUAAAAUAUGCCAGAAGUACAAAAGAACGACCUAGGCUUUAG